AUGAAGUGGCUGAUCUUGGCAUUGGUUUGCUUCCAACUCUCAGAAGGGGGCUUAUUGAGAGUCAAUUUGAAGAAGGGCAAGUCCAUUCGAGAAGUGAUGAAGGAGCAGGGUGUGCUGCAAGAUUAUCUGAAGAAUCAUAAGCAUGACCCAGCUAGAAAGUACCACUUCAAUGAGUACAAUGUUGCUUAUGAACCAAUGGCAUACAUGGAUUCAUCGUAUUAUGGAGAAAUCAGCAUUGGAACUCCACCUCAGAAUUUCUUGGUGCUGUUUGACACUGGAUCUUCCAACUUGUGGGUGCCUUCAAUCUAUUGCCAGAGUCAGGCUUGCACCGGCCAUGCAAGAUUCAACCCCAGCAAGUCCUCCACCUACUCUACCAAUGGGCAGACUUUCUUCCUGCAAUAUGGCAGUGGCAACCUUGCUGGAUUUUUUGGCUAUGACACUAUGACACUCCAGAACAUUGCUGUUGCUAAACAGGAGUUUGGCCUGAGUAAAAAUGAGCCUGGAACCAAUUUCAUUUAUGCCCAGUUUGAUGGCAUUCUGGGCAUGGCCUAUCCUUCCCUGGCAGUCGGAGGUGCCACAACAGCUUUACAGACGAUGUUGCAGGAAAACUUGCUCUCGCAGCCAAUCUUCAGUUUCUAUCUGAGCCGCCAACCCAACUCUCAAUAUGGCGGUGAGGUUGUCUUUGGAGGUGUAGACACUCGCCUUUAUUCUGGACAGAUCUAUUGGGCUCCUGUCACCCAAGAACUUUAUUGGCAGAUUGGAAUUCAAGAGUUCUCUAUUGGAGGACAAGCUACUGGAUGGUGCAGCCAAGGUUGCCAGGCUAUUGUGGACACUGGAACAUCCCUCCUCACUGUUCCCCAGCAGUACAUGGCAAAUUUCCUGCAAAGUGUGGGUGCUCAGCAGAAUCAAUAUGGAGAGUACACAGUCGACUGCAGCACUGUCCAGAAUUUGCCCACUAUCUCCUUCACAAUCAACGGAAUUUCCUUUCCUCUGCCUCCCAGUGCCUACAUCCUCAAUAACAAUGGCUACUGCACAGUGGGGAUUGAGCCCACCUAUCUGCCUUCCCAAAAUGGACAGCCCCUCUGGAUCCUGGGAGAUGUCUUCCUCAGGCAGUACUACUCCGUCUAUGACAUGGGCAACAACAGGGUUGGCUUUGCUACUGCUGCCUAG